ACUUCUGUUGUCUGAAAGUUUUUUUUCUCACAUUCUUUGUUCUGAAUAGGUUGGAAAACUUAGAAUAACACCUAGAAUCCUAGUUGGACACAGCUUUGGAGGAAAAGUUGUGCUGAGCAUGGUGGAACAGGCAGCAAAGCCUCUUGCACGACCAGUCAAAGUUUGGGUUCUAGAUGCCACUCCUGGGAAAGUUCGAGCAGGAGGAGAUGGGGAGGACCAUCCGGCAGAACUAAUAUCUUUUUUACAGGACUUGCCAAACGAGGUCUCUUCAAAGCGGGAUGUUGUGAAUGCACUUGUUCAAGAAGGGUUUUCGAAGGAUGUGGCACAGUGGGUGGUAACUAAUCUGCGACCAACAGGUCUUCCUGGCUCAUCAUUAUCCAAUUUCUCAUGGAUGUUUGACCUUGAUGGAAUUGCUGAAAUGUACAAGUCCUAUGAAGAUACAAAUUUAUGGAAUUUUGUGGAAAAUCUGCCUCGAGGUGUACAUAUCAAUUUUCUAAAAGCAGAGAGGAGCUUACAUCGAUGGGCACUUGAAGAUCUCCAGCGAAUUCAUGCUGCUGAAGAGCUGGCUGCUGAUGAGGGUGGUGGAGUUGAAAUGCAUGUCCUUGAAGAUGCUGGUCACUGGGUGCAUGCUGAUAACCCCGAUGGGCUGUUCAGGAUUCUUUCAUCAUCCUUCCAGGGACUCAAAUCCUGAUUGCGCCAGGGUGUGGCUGAGUUACUCACAGAUUUCUGUUAAUUCAAUUUCUUGUAUUGUAAGUGUAGUAUGUAAAUCAUUUUUCCUUUUAUUAAGUGUUUUGUUUAUUCAGUUUUAACCACUGGGCUUUACAGGCAUCUCGAUGUAAUAGAUGCUAGAACCACUGAUUGAUACAAGAGAAAAAUUGAGAAGGGAAAA